CGCUCUCUUAGACCUCUUGCGUCAAUAUACCUGUUCUUCGACGCGAGCCUCCUCCUAGCGAUCAAAGGAUAGGACAUAGCAGGGUCGACAUGCUAUUUUUUCGAGUGCUAACUCUCAUUCUUUUCAUUCGAAAGGCAUGCAUGCUAGUCUCUCUUGACCACCCCCCCUCGGAAAGGUCCGCGUCUAUGAACGAGCCGUCUGGCUGGUUGAUCUGUCGCUGCCGAGACGCAGUCGCACGGGUGACUUGUAACCGGUGCUGGUCAGCGGAAACGGUCCCACGAGGAGGCUUUCAUGGUAGAUCUCGUGAGGAAAGGAUGAGCCACAAUUGAUUGCCGAUACGCCACAAAGGUCUUGAGUCCAUUUA